UAUUAAAGACAACGUUCGAUCUUUGCAUAUAUUAAAGGCAUAGGAGCAUGGAUAGCCGCUUGGAGGCUUAGUCCCCUCAAUCCAAAGCCUCAUGUUCAUAUAUUCUAUUCUAUGUUAACAUACAUAGAUACAAGGCUACUGAUCCGUUUAUUUUGAAAGAAGAUCAUCGCCUGUGUUUUACUAAUUAACACCGUUAAAUCCGAAUGGACGCCGUUGUUUCGACGCCGUUUGGUCCGAACAAGAAUCGGAGAAUGAAGAAAAACGGAGGAGGUAACACGAAUAGGUGUGAGAAUCUGAACACGUAUGCAGGUCUCUUGAAUCCGCCUUCACGCGCCAUGUCCUUCUCCUACUCUCACCCGCUCUCACCUUAUUCUUAUUCUUCUUCACUCUUGGUGCAACAACAACCACCUCUUCUCCCUCUGCCUCACGUUUCUCGAAACCCUAGCACUAAUAAUAAAACGAGAAGCAGACACUUGUCACUGAAGGCAACGAAGAAAUCCAUUAACCGCGACUCCAAAGAGCUUCCGACGCUUCUGGUAGGGUUGGGAAACAUGGAGGACGACCACGUCGUUUGGGGCUCCGUUUUUAAUUUGGCUCCGCCACCCAGUAGUUUGCCGCUGCCCAAGUUUACUCUCAGAUCCAAACUCGCUUGCAACGCCGAAGCCGCCGCUUCUGGUGGCGGUGUUGACGACGGAGCGACCAACAAUCUCCGCCGACUUCUGCGCCUCCGGUGAUGAUGUUAAUCAAACACCUCGAUCUCUCUCUUCUCGUUGCGUGAUCGUGCAUGCUUACUUUCUUUGUGUGGCCACGUUGCUUCAUACUAUAGUAUUAUUAUGUGAAAAUAAAAGGAUCGGCGAUUCGGUGCGUGAAUAUGCUUUUUUUUUUCUUUUUUUCCCUAAAAUAAGGGAGUUGUCUUGUUUGUGAAAUUGUGUUACCGUCUAUGUUUUUUGAAUUGCGGUGCACACAAACCAUGGAUUGCGGUGAACUGUGUAUCAGUUACCGUGAUCUCACUGUAUUUAACUUUCGCCUUAUUUAUCAUAUGCUAUAUGCUAUUUUCUAUUUUGUUUUA